CUUUGAUCUUUUUGCAUUUUGCCCUGUUAGCUUAUAAGGAGAAUUAGAUUCCACUUUUCUCAUUGACGAAUAGUUUGAAUAUGGCAUAUAGACGUGUAGUACAGUAUGGAAGAAUAGUGACAAGGGCAAUAACUUGUUCAUCUCCGCCGGGAAACAUUGGAAGUUCAAAAAUCAAUAUCAAAACAUUCACAUCAGCCUCCAUGCCAGGGUUGGAUUUUCAAUGCUUGGAAUAUGAAGUCAAAGAUAAAAUUGCCAAUAUAAAACUCAACCGACCAGAGCGAAUGAAUGCAAUAACCGCUGGUAUGACAUUGGAACUACAACAAGCAGUAGAAAUGGCCAAUAUGGAUGAUUCUGUCAAGUUAAUUGUGCUAUCAGGAAAAGGUGGAAACUUUUGCUCUGGAUAUGAUUUGAAAGAAUUCGCAGAGGGUGACCGCAACCAUCCAUGCAACCAGGAAAUGCCAUGGGACCCUUACCUUGACUACCGCUUCAUGUCACGGGCAACAGAGUGUUACAUGAGUUUAUGGAAGAGCCUGAAACCAGUCAUUUGCAAAAUAGAUGGAGUAGCAAUCGGUGGUGGAAGUGACAUGGCAUUGUGUUGUGACAUCACAGUUAUGGCUGAGGAUGCAGUAAUUGGUUACCCCCCUUCAAGAAUUUGGGGAUGUCCUACCACUGCAAUGUGGGUAUACAGAGUUGGUAUGGAGAAAGCCAAAAGAAUUCUUUUCACAGGGGAACUGAUUCGCGGUUCAGAAGCUGCAAAGAUGGGAUUGAUUGGGGAAGCUGUACCAGCUGAAAAAUUAGAAAGUGCUGUUGAUAAACUUACAUCGAGCAUGGUAACUGUACCAUCCAAUCAGCUAUUUUUUCAAAAACAAGUUAUCAAUCAAGCUAUUGAACAAAUGGGUCUAUUUCAAACACAGCGCCUGGCAACCAUAUUUGAUGGUAUGGCACGUCACACUCCCGAAGGUGUUUUAUUUCAGAAAAGGUGCCAGGAGGUUGGCUUUAAGAAGGCAGUAAGGGAGAGGGACAGUGGUGCUGAGACUGUGUGGUCUUCUCUCACAAAGAGCAAACUGUAAAACUAUUUCACUAAUGUGAGAUAGACCCUAUAUUAUUUAUCUAAAAAAAAUGACCAAGAACAACCACUUUGUUCAAUCUUAUCUGAGUAUAAAAAAAAUGACCAAGAACAACCACUUUGUUCAAUCUUAUCUGAGUAUGUAAAGUGAAAAAGCAGAAUUUUCAAAUAACUAUGGAUGACUGAGUAAUUAGUUUUCAAAUUAAGUUGGAACUUCAUGGACUUUUAUUUCAGUUUAGGUAAUAAACCAAAGAUGGCGCUACUUUAGUGUUACAUUAAUUUUGACUCAGUCAGUUCAGUAAUUGAUGCAGAUUGUCACCAAUCCCUUUCAAAGAUUCAAAUAAUGUUCU